GUGUGAGAUAUUUACCGCGUGCAAUCCAUUCGUCCAGUCCCCAGCGAGCGCCCUUUCCACCAAGAUGGCUGCCCCGAUCAGCAAGAAGAAGAAGUUCGUCAAAGAUGGUGUGUUCAAGGCUGAGCUCAACAGGUUCCUGACCAAUGAGCUGGCUGAGGACGGCUACUCCGGGGUGCAGGUGCGCCACACCCCUGCCAGGACAGAGAUCAUCAUCCUCGCCACCCGCACACAGAAUGUCCUUGGUGAGAAGGGGCGCAGGAUCCGAGAGCUGACCUCCCUGGUGCAGAAGAGGUUCGGGUUCGCUGAGGGGUCCGUGGAGCUCUAUGCCGAGAAGGUGGCUCAGCGUGGUCUCUGUGCCAUCGCUCAGGCUGAGUCCCUGCGGUACAAGCUGGUUGGAGGCCUUGCUGUGCGCCGCGCGUGCUAUGGUGUGCUCCGUUUCAUCAUGGAGUCUGGCGCCAAGGGUUGCGAGGUGGUGGUGUCUGGUAAGCUGCGAGGACAGCGAGCCAAGAGCAUGAAGUUCACUGACGGCCUCAUGAUCCACUCAGGAGAGCCACGCCGCCACUAUGUCGACACAGCUGUCCGCCACGUCCACCUCAGGCAGGGUGUGCUUGGCAUCAAGGUUAAGAUCAUGUUGCCCUGGGACCCCACUGGCAAGAAUGGCCCACGCACUCCUCUGCCUGACCACAUCAACAUUGUGGAGCCCAAGGAGGAGGUGAUGCCCACUGAGCCUCACUCUGAAAACAAGAUGGAAAAGCCCGUAGCACCCCCUGCCGCUGCUCCCGCUCCGGCGCCUGUCCCGGCAGAGUAAAUGGUAACCUUAAGUUGGGGAAAUAAAAAAAAUCACAACACCA